GUCUUCCGAGCAAGAAGGGCGAACCAGGGGAGAAGGGCAUCGCAGGUCGCCCUGGGAAAGCAGGUCGACCCGGCAGGUCAGGUCAAAAGGGCCGACCUGGCGACUUCGGGCCCGACGGACCUGCGGGCGAGAAGGGCCUACCCGGAGGGAGCUUGCCGGGUCUGGAGGGACCCGGAGGGGAGGAAGGAUUCCCAGGAGCGCCCGGACGCGACGGCCUGCCUGGCCUGAGGGGACAGCGAGGCCCCUCCGGCGACGACGUGCGGUUCAGAGGGCCCCCUGGUGAUCGGGGCCCGCAGGGUUUCCCAGGCCUCAAGGGUAUCCGCGGCGACGUGGGGCGACCCGGCCUGACCCGCCCGCCAGGUCUCGCAGGUCGGAGAGGUGACCUCGGCGAGAGAGGUUACCGCGGGCUGCCAGGCCUCGCCGGUGACCUCGGCCCGCCUGGUGACCCCGGGUUGAACGGGAUCAUCGGCGCGGCGGGGAUGAAGGGCUUACCUGGUAACCCUGGCUUACCUGGCUUCCACGGAGGGGUUGGUAUCCCUGGUCCGCGAGGAGAUGUCGGAUUGCCUGGUGGUCUCGGCGGCACAGGCUUCAUGGGGAAACCAGGUCGAGACGGUGCCAAGGGCAUCGCGGGUCUACCUGGCACUUCCGGUCGACCUGGGCCCUCCGGGAGGCAGGGCCCGAGGGGAGAGGGGGGGGAGAGGGGUUUCGACGGCAAUCCCGGUCCUCCGGGGCAGCCAG